CCAAUUCCCAAGUUUCUCUUCUCAAAGGCUCGCUGUGCUAGGUUUCAAUCUCUUUUAUUUACGGCUUCGCAAUCAUCCUCGCUUCGAUCGUGUUUUUUCCCGGAUUCGCGAUGUUCGGCGUAUAUUAUUAACUCUGUUUGCAUCUUCGCUCCCUGUCUCAAGAUUCGCGGUUAUUCGAAUAUAUUGGAACUUCUGUUUAAGUUUUUUUUCUCCGAUUAUCCGAUAUAGAUUAAAAAAUGGUUGAAGGGAAGCUUUUCAAAACAAAGCUGUGCGUAUUGUAUCAAAGAGGACGCUGUUCGCGCCAGAGUUGCUCCUUCGCGCAUGGAGAUGCUGAUCUCCGUGGGGUUUCCGGUUCUUACGGCGGUAAAAGGAACUAUCGAAAUGGUGACUUGAGGGAUAAGCUUGACAGAAGGCUAUCUCCUGAGCGAAGAUAUUCUCCAAGAAGAGAUGCGAGAGACCGACAGACAUUGCGGGGAUAUAGCCCUUUGAGGUCCAUUGACAAAAAGAGAAAUCGGAAGAAGAAAGAACGUUUGGACGGACAGAGUGUUUUUUCUGAAAAAUUGAAAAUUUCAAAUGAGAUUGAAGAUCCGGUUAUAGAAGGGAGAAACAUAUCUUCUACUUCCAAAAGCUUUCUUGAGGAUCAGUUGAAAGAAGUACACUUGGAUAUUGAUAUGCUUAUUCACCGCAAGCAUGAAUUAGAGACAUUUGUGGAAGAAAAAGUUCAAGAAGCAGAUACUCUUUCCUCUCAAGUUGAGGAGCUUGCUUCUCAAUUAGAAAAAGAAAAAGAGGAAUGUAAAAGGAUCACUUCAAGAAUCAGGAUUGUCAAAGCAUAUAAUCGUUGCUCACAGAUAGAAAAUGAACUGAAGAGAUCUCAAGCUCGAUUGCAGAAGUCAGGAGAACAACUUGGUUUAAAUAUUUCUGGAACCAGUCGUGAUGAAGAGAACUCCAACAUCAAUAUUGUUAGUGACGACGAGACAAAUGGCUUACAUGCAUCCUAUCCACAAAAAGCGUUAAGGGGUAACACUUCUCCAAGCAAGAAAAGGCUGUGGUCCAAUAAAGACAUCCCUGAAGGGCCCAUUCAUGAUGGCAAAGGAUGUCCGGAAGAAACUAUCCGAUCAGGAAAGCGGUCUCGUUGGAGUGAACGCCCUACUCAUUCAAAUAUAGACAAGGAAAAUGGUUCAGUGAAAAAUGGGAACAGUGAUACCGUGCCCUCUGCAAGUAAUGAGAAGCUGAGGAAAGGAAAGAGAGUCUCAGUUAGGACAUCUACUGUUGAUAAGUUAAAGGAUGCACGUGCUUCCAUAUCAUUGCCGUCAACAAGCAUGGCUGCUCAUGCAGAUGAUGACGACGUACUAGAAGUUGAAGAGCAGAAGUUCGAGGCAUCACGCUUGCCGUUUUUACUUCCUCCACCUCCUCCGAUCCUCCGAAAUAGUUACUCACGGUACAAGGGUAAUGAUCAGGACGUGAAUGUCGACGGAGAGGAUGUCGACGGAGAGGAUGUCGACGGAGUUGAUGAAGAAAUGGUACAUGUGGAUAUUAUUUGAAUAUAUGAAUUAGUUGCUGUAAGUGCAUAUCAUCUUCAUAAAUGGUUUUCAUUCCGUUCCUGGUGGAGCGAGUUACUUUGGAUUUCCAUGUAUAUACUAUAUAUGGGUUAGGAAGCUGCUUAUUGUUUUUAUUUUAUCCUUUUUCUUGAGGCAUGUGUAUGUCCUACAAUGGCAUAAGUAAUUAUUUUUUACCGUUGAAUUAUU